GAGUACCGCAAGAAGCAACCAUCCACCAGGCAACCUGUCCAGAAACUGCUCUGCGACGGAAAUUCGGUUGAGAAAAGGUCCUCUGAUAAGAUGUCCUCUGACAAGAUGUCCUCCGACAAGAUGUCUUCUGAAAAAAUGUCCUCUGAAAAAGCGUCCUCUGACAAGAUGUCCUCUGAAAGAAUGCGCUCGGACGACGCAAUCACCGAUAACAUGCCCUCCCACGAGAAGUCCAAUGAAGCAGCUUUGGACGAAAAGGCCACCGAUAAACAAGCCUCGAGCCCCUCCUCUGCUUCUACCCAUCCUUCUUCCCCGACUCAUCUCCAAUGUCUCUCCAGUCCAGUCGAGACCCCAUCUCUCAGUUCCGCACUGAUAUUCUCGGCUGGUCUCUACGUAACAAAAUAUCAUCCGAGACUUUCGCCCGACUGUGUGAUAUCCUUCGUGUCGUCGACAGCCCUGAAACCAAAUCACUGCCGAACAGAGAGGAUAUCUUCAAGAAGAAGGAGGAUAAAAGACUGAGAUCGGACAGUCGGGGUAGCCAGUCGUCUGCUGAGUUGAAGUGAUUGUAUGGAAGGCAGGGGAUUUGCAUGUGAUAUUGCGCGGACGAACAGGCGCACGGCGUAUGAGGAUGAAGGGGGCUUUACUAAGCAUGUUUUAUCUACUAAUAUCGCCUGAUAUUGCUCGAUUAUUCAGUCAAGCUCAAUAGCUUAAUAGUGUCAAAAUUCCAAUGAAGACUAAUC